AACUGCGUCUCCAAAACAUUCAGGUACUUCAUCACUCUAGUUGUCCAGUGGAGAUAUACCCGUAUGUUCAAGGCGGAUCCGGUGCACUAACAUGGUUUGCCCAGAAAGUCUACUUUCAACGCUAGCUAGCCGCGCCUGUAUCCACAGAGCAGUCCCUAGGGCUUUUAUUUGAAAAGGAAUACAAGCAAUAGCCAAGUCCAGCAGAAGCCGACAUGUCAACCACAGAAUCCCAGUCCUACACCCCUGACAUACCCUCGGAACCUGUUAUCAAAACCACCGACAACAUCCAUGUAGAGCUUACUCCCCACGACCUCGACUCUCUCGCCGCCACGCGCUUUGUCCGCUCUCCAUCUGCAGGUGCGACUGUGCUCUUCAUAGGCACAACGCGCGAUUCCUUCAACGACCAGCCCGUCUCAUCAUUGUCCUAUACAUCAUAUGCGCCCCUCGCCAUCUCGACCCUGUUCAAAAUCGGUACCUCGAUACUUGCCAAGCACUCUUGUACCAAAAUCGCCAUCAUCCACAAACUAGGUGAAUGCCCAAUUGGUGAGGAGAGUAUCGUGAUUGCUGUCUCCGCCCCACAUCGACAAGCGGCGUGGAGGGCAGGCGAAGAGGCGCUCGAAGAGACAAAGGAGAGGGCAGAAAUAUGGAAGCUAGAAAGAUUUGAAGGUGGUGAAGGGGUUUGGAGAGCAAACCGAGACGGCCAAAAAGGAGUCAAAGUGGGAUAGAGUUGUGUUCUGGACUUUGUAUAGAUAAGAGCACGCCUCUAAAUACAUAGCGCGUGCUUGAAUGAUAUGUACACAAGAUAUUGGCAUCUCA